UCAUUUUCAGUGAUUAAGUACUAUAUACUAAUUCUGCAUUAUUUCUCGUUUCCGGUAUCCAUCGUUGAGUCAUCGACAUCAAAGAUGACGCCAAAUAUUUUAAGCACAUAUUCAAAAACACUCACGGACAAAGAUUUACAAAAUGAGAAAUCUUCUAUUACUACAAAGACGAUAGAUGAAAAUGACAAGCAAACCAGAAGCGAGAAUAUAAAAACUGAAGGCUGGUUUGAGACGGAGCUCAAAUGGUUUAACAUCGUAAAUCUUUGUUUUUUCCACAUAUUCUUCGUAUAUGCCUGUUUUACUUUUGACUUUUUCGAAAAUCUGAUGACGACUGCUUGGUUAUUCAUCAUGUAUGUAUUAGGAGGAAUAGGUACCACUGCCGGUCCUCAUCGUUUGUGGACUCACCAAGCAUAUAAAGCAAAAUGGCAGCUUAGAGUUAUACUUGGUGUUUUUUAUGCUUCGGCAGGCAUGAAUGACAUUUUCGAAUGGGUGCGAGAUCACCGGGUGCACCACAAAUUUACUGAUACGGAUGCGGAUCCGCAUAACAGUAACCGAGGAUUCUUUUUCUCCCAUAUGGGUUGGUUGAUGAUGAAGAAACAUCCAGAUGUGAUUCGAAGAGGUCGUCAGGUGGAUAUGAGUGAUGUAUUGGCUGAUCCUGUUGCUGCAUUCAAUAUCAAAUAUUUUCCGAUAUUAAAAUUUAUGUUCGCUUUCCUGCUUCCGGUGAUGUUGCCUGUGUAUGCAUGGAAUGAAACUUGGUACAGAGCUUUCGUGUCUCAGAAUAUUAUUCGUUACGUUAUCCUUUUAAAUGCCAUAUGGAGUGUCAACAGUGCGGCUCAUAUUUGGGGUUCAAAACCAUAUGAUGCGCAUAUAAAUCCGACAGAGAACCGAUGGGUUAACUUGUUUACGGGCGGUGAAGGACUACACAAUUAUCAUCAUGUUUUUCCAUGGGACUAUAAGGCUGCCGAGUUACACAGUUCCCCAACCACAGCUUUUAUUAACUUCUUUGCGAAAAUUGGGUGGGCGUACGAUCUUAAAGAACCGUCGAAGGAACUCGUAAAAACCGUCUUGAGGAAAAGGGGUGAUGGAAGUCAUUCUUUGUGGGAAGCUGUGCCAUAUUCUGCCAUAAUUAAUUGGAACAUACCAGUAUUUCCAAUGAAGAGUGUGAUUAGGAUAUACCUAGAAAUUCAAUGCGUCAGUCUGUCAUAUAGCGUUGCAAGAAUCGCAUAUCAUCGAAGAUAUAUAGUACGCACACGUGAAGCAGAUUUUUUUAAUUUUCGAUCGAAUAAUUUGAAAACAAAGAUGGAGCCAAAUAUUUUAAGCACAGAUUCAAAAACUCUCACGGAGAAAGAUUUACAAAAUGAGGAAUCUUCGAUUACUACAAAGACGAUAGAUGAAAAUGACAAACAAAACAGAAGCGAGAGCUAUAUAAAAACUGAAGGCUGGUUCAGGACGGAGCCCAAAUGGUUUAACAUCGCAAAUAUUAGUUUUUUCCACUUAUGCUUCGUAUAUGCCUGUUUUACUUUUAACUUUUUCGAAAAUCUGAUGACGACUGCUUGGAUAUAUGGCAUGAUUAUAAUAGCAGGCUUUGGCGUCACCGGCGGUGUUCAUCGUUUUUGGACUCAUCAAUCUUAUAAAGCAAAAUGGCAGCUUAGAACUAUACUUGCCACCUGCUAUGCUGCGGCUGGCAUGAAUGACAUAUUCGAAUGGGUGCGAGAUCAUCGGGUGCACCACAAAUAUACUGAUACGAAUGCGGAUCCGCAUAACAGUAACCGAGGAUUCUUUUUUUCCCAUGUGGGUUGGUUGAUGAUGAAGAAACAUCCGGAUGUGAUCCGAAAGGGUUGUGAGAUCGAUAUGAGCGAUGUAUUGGCUGAUCCUAUUGCUGUAUUUUCUAUCAAAUAUUCUCCGAUAUUAAAAUUUAUAUUCGCUUUCCUGCUUCCGGUGAUGUUGCCUGUAUAUGCAUGGAAUGAGACUUGGUCUAGAGCUUUUGUAUCGCAGAUUUUUAUUCGUUAUAUCUUGGUUUUAAAUUUCACAUGGAGCGUCAACAGUGUGGCUCAUAUCUGGGGCUCAAAGCCAUAUGAUGAGCACUUAAAUGCAACGGAAAACCUAUUCGUCAAUUGUGCUACGGUCGGUGAAGGAUCGCAUAAUUAUCAUCAUGUUUUCCCGUGGGACUACAAGGCUUCCGAGUUUCACGAUUUCGUAACCACAAAUAUAAUUAAGUUUUUUUCGAAAAUCGGCUGGGCGUAUGAUCUCAAAGAAGCGUCGGAGAAGCUUAUAAAGACCGUUGCGAUCAAUAGAGGUGAUGGAAGCCAUUCUUUGUGGAAAGCUGUACCAUAUCCAGCUAGUAAAAUUGAAUAAUAAAAAUAACAGAGAGUUGUCUCAUGCUGGUAGCGAGUUUUUUGGAUCAGUUAACAACAAAUG